GCAUUUUAGUCGAGAACUUUCCCGGUGAGAUACUCUGGACAUCUGAAAUAAGAUUUGCUCAUCGAAGAUGGGGGAUAUGAUGGCAUGGAUUCUCUUCUUCUUUAUCCUCAUAGGUCUUAUCAUCCUUGUUGUUUAUCAGCUAAUGUGCUUGUCAGAUUUAGAGUUUGAUUACAUCAAUCCUUAUGAUUCAGCAUCGCGAAUAAAUCAAGUGAUUUUUCCAGAGUUUAUAACAGAAGGGGUCUUAUGUUUUCUCUUCCUAGUAACAGGCCAUUGGAUAAUGUCACUUCUCGCUGUUCCAUACUUAUACUACAAUGUGAGAUUGUACAUGCAAAGAGAGCACCUAAUUGAUGUAACUGAGAUAUUUAAUUUGCUUGAUCGGGAAAAAAAGAGACGCCUUUUCAAACUUGGCUAUCUUGUGAUUCUUCUUUUCCUCUCCUUAUUUUGGUUGAUCUACAGUGCUUUGGAAGAUUUUGAGCAAUGAGUUGGUGCAAAAGAUUUAGCAUAAGUUCAGAUCUCCAGCUGAUCAUUACAUGGAAAUUUUGGUAGGAAGCACAAGACUGUCGGAGGAUUGUUGUAACAUCUGAGAAUAGGAAGUUAUAAUGUGCUGACGAUUUAAGUUUCUAUGUUUUUGCUCGCUUUUGGUAGUUUGGAAAUUAAACUCCUAGCAUUUAUUUGAGAAGGGAGGGGGGCAGUGAAUGCGGAAAAAUUGCCUCAGUUCAGAUUGUUUCCUGCAACUGGAGAAAACAGACAGCACCAUCUUACUAUCUUCACGCUGAUGAAUCUUUCACUCUACCUCCUCUUACCAAGACCUGGGAAUGUUCCUGCAAAUUAGUUCUUAUUGAUUCUUAUUGGAUAUCAAUUCAUCUUUCUGUAGGCAGCCACUUCCUUCUCAGGAAACCAUAGGUGCGGUUUUAAGUCGGUGACAAUCUCCUUGAAGGUCUUUACAGGAUAGGGAAUACUUGGAAAACAACAAUUUAAACUCAAUAUUUGAAUUCUAAAGAUUUCUUUGAGCUUGAGAA